AUGAUGAUGUUCUCCUCAGAUUCGAGUGACGAAGAGGAUGAGCUGCUUGUGCUGAUUGCCAUCGAGGAGGAAGAAGCAGCAGCUGUGCGUCGUAGCAGGCAGCGUGGGUCGAUGCCCGGCCAUGCGGUUAUAGACCGGCAACACUGCGAAGGUGCUGCUAGGCUGUACAACGACUACUUCGCCGACAACCCUGUGUACGGCGAUAUCCUGUUUCGUCGGAGGUUUCGUAUAUCGCGGCGGUUGUUCUUGCGUAUUGCGGCCGCUGUGGAGGAGCAUGACACCUGGUUCAGGCAGAGAAGGGAUGCAACGGGGAAGCUCGGCCUUAGCCCCUUGCAAAAAAUGACAGCGGCCAUACGGUGUUCGGAGAAGAAUAUCUCCGGGCUCCCAAUGAAACUGACACCGCCCGUCUCCUGGCAGAAGGGGAGCGCCGUGGGUUUCCCGGGAUGCUCGGGAGCAUCGAUUGCAUGCAUUGGGCUUAUCGAUGGGAGUGCCCCACCUGUUUCGUACAUCAUAAAUGGUAACAGGUACGACAUGGGAUACUACCUCGGCGAUGGCAUAUACCCCGAAUGGGCGACCAUAGUGAAGGCAAUUCCUGCUCCACGAGGCAACAAGAGCAUCCAUUUCUCCGCGAUGCAAGCUGCUCUCCGCAAGGAUGUCGAACGUGCAUUUGGUGUGUUGCAAUCUAGGUUUGCUAUUGUUCGCGGGCCGGCUAGAGUAUGGGAUCAGUCUACCUUGCAUAAUAUCAUGACCGCAUGCGUUAUUAUGCACAACAUGAUUAUUGAGGACGAGCGUGGUACCGCUUCCUCGGUGCAGGUGUUCGACUUCAUGGGGGAACCAACUCAAGUCCAUCGAAGUGGUGACGAAGGUGUCCUGCAUUAUGUCGAAACAACUCAAGCUAUCCGCAACCGUGCAGUGCACCGCCAAUUGCGGGCGGACCUUGUGGAGCACCUUUGGAGUAUGCAUGGAGCACAGUAG